GGGGCCGAGGCGGGGCGGGGCGGCGGGGUCCGGCCGCGUCCCUCCCGGCCCGGCGGCAGCCUGCGGGCGGCAGCGCCCUGCCCGGGCCCGGCGGGGAGCCGUGGCGCUCCCGGCAUGUCGCAGGCAGCCAUGUCCGAGACCUACGAUUUCCUGUUUAAGUUCUUGGUCAUAGGAAAUGCUGGAACUGGAAAAUCCUGUUUGCUACACCAAUUUAUUGAAAAGAAGUUCAAAGAUGAUUCAAAUCAUACAAUAGGAGUGGAAUUCGGUUCAAAGAUCAUAAACGUUGGUGGUAAAUAUGUAAAAUUGCAGAUAUGGGACACAGCAGGACAAGAGAGAUUCAGGUCUGUAACAAGAAGUUACUAUAGAGGUGCUGCAGGUGCUUUGCUUGUCUAUGAUAUAACCAGCCGAGAAACCUACAAUGCACUUACUAAUUGGUUGACAGAUGCAAGAAUGUUAGCAAGUCAAAAUAUUGUAAUAAUACUGUGUGGAAACAAAAAGGAUCUUGAUGCAGAUCGUGAAGUUACUUUUUUAGAAGCGUCCCGGUUUGCGCAAGAAAAUGAGCUGAUGUUCUUGGAAACAAGUGCACUAACAGGGGAAAAUGUUGAAGAGGCCUUUGUACAGUGUGCAAGAAAAAUACUCAAUAAAAUUGAAUCAGGAGAAUUAGAUCCGGAAAGAAUGGGCUCAGGUAUUCAGUAUGGAGAUGCUGCCUUGAGACAGCUGAGAUCACCACGCAGAGCACAAGCACAAAGUGCUCAAGAAUGUGGGUGUUAAAGAAGCAAAGCACAAAAUUCCAAAUACUCACUUUAAAUACAGAAGCUGUCCAUGUAAAUGGUGUUUGAAGGAACCAAGUUUGAGAGCUAUGCAGUUUUUAAACACGCCUUUCCGCUAUAUACAGAGCAGACGACUGCUGACAGAAAGGUGCGCCGUGUGCUAUGGGUGGAGGAACGUCUGUGUGACACACAAGCCUGUAAAGCGAACCUGAUAAUUCAGUGGACAAUGUUAAGGUGAUACCUGUAUGUAAACAUUUUCCAUUGCCUACUUUUGUUCUUUCAUCUUUAGUUGAAAGCAUUGCUAUAUACUGUAAAUAAUGUAACAGUAAAUUUACAAAGCAUGGUAUACUUCUAUAUGAUGAUAGAAUGUUGCACUACAAGCAGUUUAAUAUUUUAUUUUUUUAUCAUAUAAACUAAAAUUUAACUGAGGUAGGCUUUGUCAUGUUUGUCGCACAACAGUUUAUAUUUAUGCCAUAUAUUAUAAAACCACUGGCAGUGUCAGAAAGAGGUGGCGGUUUGUUUUUCCUUCUUAGUUUGAUACAUUUUGACAAGGUGUUUACACAACUGAUUUUCAAUGUAGGGUUAGACCCAUACUUAAUGUUUUGUAACACAUCAACUUGGAGAAGUCAUUUUCACUGAAGUUCACGUAUCCUAUUUUAUCAUAAUUCUUAAAUAUAUUUUGAAGCUAAUUUUAUCAGAAUUUAGAAAUUCAGAAAAAAUGCUUCUAAAUCUUUCAAAUGGCUGUCAACUGACAUGCAUUUUGGAAUUUUUCUUGGUCCUGUUUUGUUGAACACUGGUGUCAUGAUGAUAGUAUGUAUAUGUGAACAGAGGUGUGCAUCUUCCGUGUGUUUUGUAAUUCUAGUGCAGGGGCUUAUGGAAAACUAUCACAGUAAGAGUUCUAUUUAACCUCUUACUUCUGACUAAGAAAUUAACUGGGGAAAAAUUAUUUCUGGUGAAGCAUACCCAGUAAAGUACAAACUGAACCCAAGUGUUAUUUUCCUAAACUAUCCCGAAGAUUUGAAAUGUAGAAUACUAAUAUCUUGCUCUUAAACACUAAGAACUUGAAUUGUAACAUUAGAUUUUAAAGUGAUGAACUUAGACUCUGCCUUUCUGGAGUUCUACAUUUUAACUUUUUUUUUGUGAGGAUACUAUAUAAUGCUUUCCACCUUACUUCCAGGAGACUUGUAUGAUGGAAGAAAAAUAUGCAUACUACUUAUGCAGCUCUUUCUUCCUGUGAAGCUCAUCAAGGAAAUCAGCCUUGGUGCUGAUUUUUGUAUGUUAGGAGAAUUUGUUCUUCCCUCCUGCUGUUUUUGUAUGGUGGGGAAGAGGUAUGGAUCACAAUACUAGGAAUCCUGUUGUCAUUGCUUAGCUGGAGACAGAUGAGACUUGAAGAGGGCUCAAGAGGGAGGAGAGAACCACAUACCAUUUUUGCAGUGUCAUGACAACUGAUCAGGUAAGAGAUAGGGGGUUUUGUGGAGCUGUGGAAAUGAGUUAGUGUUCCUGGAGGUAGCCAAACUCAAACUGCUGGCAGGGAGUGACAUUUCAGUUACACUCAUAUACAAGUAAGUAAAAAUAUCACUAGUGAUUUCUAACUAGAAAGGGGAUGUUAUCCUGGAAGUGCAAAUUAACACAAAAUAGCUCAUCUGAUCAGAACCCAGUGUUGAAAUUCCAGGGGUAAAAAAGCUUUAUUUUUCUAUACAUGAAUCUUCCCUAUUUAAGGGACAUUGGUCAAAUGAACAUUUAAAAACUAAAUAAGAAAAUUAAACUGAGGCUGUAAUUCAGAGGACAGUUCAUACACAAGAACAAACCAAGAAUGCUACAGAGAGGAGAGGUAUAUAUUGUCUUUCAUGGAAUAAGAAUUGCAAGUAAAAAAUAUUGUCCUGACACUUUUAGCUCAAAUAGAUGCUCAUCACAAAAAUAGGUACCCCUGGCUCAUCUCUGAAUUAAAAAUACAAAAUAAGUUUGCUAUGUACUACGAAAGCUGAUGCUUAGUUUUUAAAAUGGUUGCAGAGUCUAAAGAUUUUCAUGUUAUAGCUCUCUAUGUAUCAUGUUUUAUUUAAGACUUGGAUUUUAUAUAACUGAUAAGAAUUUAUUUUAAGAGGCAUUUAUCUUGUUGAUAAACUGUCUCAAAAAAACCUUUUUAAUAUUAAUCCUGCAUUUACAAGAAGAAAGAACUCCAAAUAACCGUACCUGUCUUAGUCACUACAUUUAUUUUGGCUUCCAUUACUCCAAAAGCAAGUUCCCUGAAGUAGAUAGUGGCUGCUGUUACCUCCUCCAGCAUGUCCAAAGGGCAGAUUGUUCAACUGAGAUGUGUUGCAUUUUUGGCAGAGGUCUUGGGGGUGGUGGGGAAGGUGUCAGUUCUGAAACCCCAAACCAAUACUGAAGUACUGGAAAAGUGAUAGAUGUGUUCCCCCUGAUCUAAUCAUAUUUCUUGGGUAAGUGCACAGCUUUUACUUUUGUCUGUGUACCAUCAUGACAUAGCACAAGUAAAGCUAAAGGUCUCCUUCCACCAGUGUUAAAAUGGUUGAAGUGGGGUUGGCACUUCAUCAAAACUUCUCUAUUUUCACACUAACAGUAGAAACGGGACUGUUCUUACUUCUGUCACUUUAAAGUAGUACACUGCUGAAAGAAAGUGCUCUACAGGGUGUUUUUUACUUUAAAAAUAUUUUCCCAUCCUUUUCCCUUUAUAUACAAGAUUGGCCCUUUGUUCAUACUAGUUCAUGUGAUCACUUUGGUCAUGCAUCCAUGGUUAAGGAGCAGUAAGCACAGUUACUCUUUAACAAAUUGUCUUAUGCUGUCCCCUUCUCAUGAGGAAGGGGAGAAUAUCUUCAUUAUAAUCAGGAUUGCCGGGUCUUUACCAUUUUCUUAGACCCUUACUACAUUGGUGCAUAUUAAACCUGGUUAAUUUACAUGUUUUGUAAAGUGUUGCACCCUUAGGCUGUAUCUCACUGACUUUUAAAAAAGAUGCUUUCUAAAAUGGCAGCUUCUGAGGAUAAUACUGUUGGAAGCAGUAGCUUUCCAGCAUAAGUUUUGCUGUUUACUCUUUUCCUCAGAGUAUUUUUAUUUCUAAAAAUAAACAAUGCCCAUAAGAGCUCUGGAAUAAAUGUUAAGCUUUAACAUUAUAGUUCACACAGCAAACCAAACCUAGCUCACAAUAUUAAGUGAUAAAUGUUAAAUUAUGUAUGGUUUUAGUGUAAAGUUCUUACUUUACCAAAGCAAGAUCGCUUAGUUCUACACAAAAUACUAGGCACCCAUAUCCUAGGAUUUACUGGAUAUGGAACUUUAACCGUUCAGAGCUUUAGUAGAUUUAAAUGUCUUAUUAAAUCCUGUCUUGCCUUUUAAUGAGGCUGCUGGCCUAUACUAUUUCAUUUCAUGCUUGUAUCUAACCCCAAAUAAAGAAUCUUUGAUUUUCUA